CGAGACUCGUCUGGACUGCUCUCUAAAAGACCUUUCUUGGCUCUCGUUGAUUCUAGAACAAUGUCUCCCUCUACCCAAAAUCACAGCGCCUUGGAUGUCCAGCCCAAGGACGCGAAGCGUGCACUUGCGGAGGACGCAUAUGACGACUGCCUGGCGUGCAGAGUUACUGGAUCUGCUGCAUUCGUCGGCCUCGGUGUGUACAGCUACUACACAGGAAUGAAGAACCUCAAGAUGCAAGAAAAGGCAAUCAUGCAAAGCGCAACAAAGUAUAAGAUGGGAUCUCGACAACUCGGGAUCUUCACCAUCUCUGCGACACUGGUUGGAAUGGGAUUAUGGAGAGCCUUCAACUGAUGAAGCCGGAAAAAUUUUGUAUAUUAUGUACUUUAUACCAUAUUCUACUCAGGCGUUGGGUCUUUCGUUGACGGGAAUGCACAUCAACUUAGUCAAGCGCUUCACAAUUCACAAAACAUGUACAAAACAUUAUAUAGAAAGGAUCGUACGAUUAAUAUAUCACUAGCCGCCUCACCGGGUAUCGCCAUGUCUGAUAACCUCUAUAUUUAAUAGUAAUGAUGACCGAAGAA